AAGAAACCUUACCGCAAUGUCAACAAAACCACAAAACUAAAAAAGCAGCGACUAUUUUUUUUUAACAGCACAACUAUCCGACUGAUAUGUAACUGGUUGGUCCUGCAGAAUUUUACCAAACCGUGCCUUUGAUACUGCGUUAGACAAAUACAAGGUUUGUGUAAUGAUUCUUUCCAGGGUCAAGCCAGCUAUUGGUGGUGAAGCUCCAGUCGUUAAGAGAGUCAAAGGGAAAGGGUCCCCAUUAGUGGAAGAUUAUCUCAGUGAAAGAGACUAUGUGGGAGCCAUCACAUUACUUGAGUUCCAACGCAGCAUUGGAGAACGAGGCGAGGAUGCAGACUUAUGGCUGGCAUACUGUGCUUUUCACAUGGGUGACCACAAACGAGCAAUGCAGGAGUACAAGGCUUUAACAGAAAAGCCAGACUGCCGCCCAGAUGUAUGGGUGUUUUUGGCAUGCACUCUCUUCUUCCUGGGUUUCUACAAAGAGGCAGAGGAGGCAGCCAAUAAGGCUCCCAAGAGUCAGCUUCAGAAUCGGCUUAUGUUCCACUUGGCACACAAGUUCAGUGAUGAGAAAAAGCUGAUGGGCUUCCAUCAGAAACUCGAGGACAAAGAUGAGGAUCAACUCAGCUUAGCCUCCAUCCACUACAUGCGCUCACACUACCAGGAGGCUAUCGACAUCUACAAGCGCAUCUUACUGCAGAACAGGGACUUCCUUGCCUUGAAUGUCUAUGUAGCUCUGUGUUACUACAAGUUGGACUACUAUGACGUCUCCCAGGAGGUCUUGGCAGUAUACUUGCAGACAGUUCCAAACUCGACGAUUGCCCUCAAUCUCAAGGCCUGCAACCACUUCAGGCUCUUCAAUGGCAAGGCAGCUGAGGCAGAACUGAGGAACCUGAUUGAUAUAUCUUCUUCCACUGAUUUCGCCAAGGAGCUUAUCAAGCACAAUUUGGUGGUGUUCCGGAAUGGAGAAGGGGCCAUGCAGGUGCUUUCUCCACUUGUUGAUGUGAUUGUUGAGGCCAGACUUAACCUGGUCAUCUAUUACCUCAGACAAGAUGAUGUUCAAGAGGCCUACAAUCUCACCAAGGACAUGGAGCCCUCCCAACCACAGGCUACAGGCAGUGUUAGGCUUAAUAUACAUCAGCGGACAGAGUACAUAUUGAAGGGCGUAGUACAUGCAGCUCUUGGUCAAGAAGUGGGCUCUAGGGAUCACUUGAAGAUGGCACAACAGUUCUUUCAGCUUGUCGGAGGCUCUGCAAGUGAGUGUGACACAAUUCCUGGCAGGCAGUGCAUGGCGUCUUGUUUUUUCCUGCUCCGGCAGUUUGAGGACGUGCUCAUCUACCUUAACUCUAUCAAGAGCUAUUUCUACAAUGAUGACACGUUCAACUUCAACUAUGGACAAGCAAAAGCUGCUGUUGGCAACUUCAAAGAAGCAGAGGAGAUAUUCCUGUUGAUCCAGAGUGAGAGGAUAAAAAAUGACAUUGUGUACUUGGGUUGGCUGGCACGUUGCUACAUCAUGAACCAGAGGCCGCGGCUUGCCUGGGAGCUCUAUCUGAAGAUGGAGACAUCAGCUGAUACCGUUGGCCUACUUCAGCUCAUUGCCAAUGACUGCUAUAAGAUGGGACAGUUCUACUAUGCCGCAAAGGCAUUUGAUGUCCUGGAACGUUUAGAUCCUAGCCCAGAGUUCUGGGAGGGCAAAAGAGGUGCUUGUGUGGGGAUCUUUCAGCUUAUUCUGGCUGGCCGAGAGCCAAGAGAAACUUUGAGGGAGGUUCUGCCCUUGUUGAGAACCACAGGAAACCCACAGGUGGAGUACAUCGUCAGGAUCCUGAAGAAGUGGGCCAAAGACAACAGGGUGUCUCUGUGAGCCAGCAUUAUUUAUUUACCUGAAAGGUGUGCCUUGGCAGACACACCAGGGUCUUCCAAACAGUCACCCUCAUGCAAGAGGUUUCCCAAAGUGCCUGUCUGCAGUGUAGUAAUAUGCAUGGACCAUUGUAAUAUUGUGCAAAUCUGUGAUUCAAAAUGUGUUUUGACAUACAUAUAUGCAUCUUUAAAUCUGUGUGGUGUGAAUAUUUUGUAUAAUAAAAUAUAUUGCUGUAAGAUA